UAAUGCAAAAUAAUCCAUAUCCUACUUCAGAGCUCAAAAUAGAUGAACAAACAUUCAAAUAUUACAAUUUGGUUGAAUUAUUUGGUGAGAAAGUAACAAGAUUGCCAUACUCAAUAAGAAUAUUAUUAGAGUAAGCAGUCAGAAAUUGUGAUGGAUUCAAUGUUUAAAAGGAAGAUGUUGAAAGAAUAUUAAAUUGGGAAGAAACAUCUAAAUUAGACAAAGAAGUGGCCUUCAAACCUGCAAGAGUAAUAUUAUAAGAUUUUACAGGUAUUGAAUUUCAUAUAUUUUCUUAGGUGUUCCUUUAGUAGUUGACUUGGCAGCAAUGAGAUCAUAAGCUCAAGUUAUGGGUAAAGAUCCUCAAUUAAUUAAUCCUUUGUGCCCUGUAGAUUUAGUGAUUGACCAUUCUGUACAAGUGGAUUUUCAUGGAAAUAAAGAUGCUAGAGAAUAAAAUGAAUAGACAGAAUUUGAAAGAAAUUUAGAGAGAUUUAGAUUUUUGAAAUGGGGAAGUUCAGCUUUUAAGAAUUUUGAAAUUGUACCACCAGGAAGUGGAAUUGUACAUUAGGUGAAUUUGGAAUACUUAGCAAGAGUUGUAUUUGAGAAGGAUAAUCUAUUAUAUCCAGACUCAGUAGUAGGAACAGACUCUCAUACAACAAUGAUUAAUGGUUUAGGUGUCUUAGGUUGGGGAGUAGGUGGAAUAGAAGCUGAAGCAAAUAUGUUAGGUGAAUGUACUAGCAUGGUACUUCCUUAAGUAGUAGGAUUUAAAUUAACAGGAUAAUUGAGUGCUCAUAUUUCAGCAACAGAUUUAGUCUUGACUUGCACAGAGAUGUUAAGAAAGAAAAAAGGUAUAUAUAAAUAUAUUAAUAAAAAAGUUGUGGGAAAAUUCGUAGAGUUUUAUGGACCAGGUGUAUCAACAUUAUCUUUAGCUGAUAGAGCAACUGUGUCUAAUAUGGCACCUGAAUAUGGAGCAACUAUGGGUUUCUUCCCAGUUGAUAACAAAACAAUUGAUUAUUUAAAAUAAACAGGAAGAAGUGAAGAGAAAUGCAACUUAAUAACUUAAUAUUUGAAAGCAGCACAUUUAUUUUAUGAGGAAAGUUAAACAACUUUUAGUGACACUUUAGAAUUAGAUUUAUCAACUAUUCAACCUUGUGUUGCUGGUCCAAAGAGACCAUAAGAUAGAGUUACAUUAAAUUAAUUGAAAUAAGAGUUUUCUUAAGGAUUGACAGCUCCUGUUUCUUUUAAGGGAUUUAAUGUUAAAGCUACUUAAGAUGUUGAAUUCCAAUAUUAAGGUUAGAAAUAUGGUUUGAAUCAUGGAUCUGUUGUUAUUGCAGCAAUUACAUCAUGCACUAAUACUUCAAAUCCAGGAGUCAUGUUAGCAGCUGGUUUAGUGGCUAAGAAAGCUGUCUAAGCUGGAUUAGCAAUAAGACCAUACAUAAAAACAUCAUUAAGUCCUGGAUCUUAAUGUGUUACAUAAUAUUAUAAGGCAGCUGGAUUAGAUGUGUUUUUGGAUUAAUUAGGUUUCCAUAAUACUGGUUAUGGUUGUAUGACAUGUAUUGGUAAUAGUGGACCAAUUGAUUAAGCUGUAAGUGAAACUGUUUCAAAUAAUGAUUUGGUUGUAGCUGCUGUAUUAUCAGGAAAUAGAAAUUUUGAAGGAAGAGUACAUCCAAUUACAAGAGCUAAUUAUUUGGCUUCACCUCCUUUGGUUGUAGCAUUUGCUUUGGCAGGUAGAGUAGAUAUUGAUUUUGAAAAUGAACCUAUUGGAGUUGUAAAUGGUUAAAAUGUAUUUUUAAAAGACAUUUGGCCAACAAGAGAUGAAAUUAAAUAAUUGGAAGAUUAAGUUGUUUAACCAUAAAUGUUUAUUUAAACUUAUUAAUAAAUAAAAUAAGGAACUAAAAAUUGGAAUGAAUUAUAAGUACCAAAAGAUUAACUUUAUUAAUGGGAUGAAUUAUCUACUUAUAUUCAUCAUCCUCCAUACUUUUAAGGAUUAAAUUUAGAAUUACCAGUUAUUAAUCCAGUGACAAAUGCUUAUUGUUUAGCAGUUUUUGGAGAUUCCAUUACUACAGAUCAUAUUAGUCCAGCUGGUAAUAUUUCAGCAAAUAGUCCUGCUGGUAGAUAUCUUAAAGAAAGAGGAGUUGCUUAAAAAGACUUUAAUACAUAUGGUGCAAGAAGAGGAAAUGAUGAAAUUAUGGUUAGAGGAACAUUUGCAAAUGUUAGAAUCAAGAACAAAAUGUUAUAAGGAAAAGAAUGUCCUAAUACAAUAUAUGUACCUACAAAUGAAGUUAUGGCUAUAUAUGAUGCAGCUGAAAAGUAUUUACAAUCAAAUCAAUAAACUAUUGUAAUUGGAGGUGCUGAAUAUGGAUCUGGUUCAUCUAGAGAUUGGGCAGCUAAAGGACCUUAUCUUUAAGGAGUCAAGGCUGUCAUUGCAAUAUCAUAUGAAAGAAUUCAUAGAAGUAAUCUUGCUGGAAUGGGAGUUCUACCUCUUGAAUUCACAAAUGGAUAAACUGCUGAAUCUUUGGGAUUGACAGGACAUGAACUAUUCACUUUAAAUGUCAAUAAAGAUAACAUUAAAGUAUUUUAUUAAUUUUAAUUUAGGUUAAUCAAAUUGUUGAAGUUGUUGUAAAGAGAUCAGAUGAUACCACUUUCAAUUUUAACACACUCUUGAGAUUGGAUACAGAUGUAGAAAUAGAAUAUUAUAAGCAUGGAGGAAUUUUAUAAUAUGUUUUAAGAAAAAUAUUGAAAUGAGUUU